GAGAACGCGACGAGCAACAUCUAGUAACCCUUCGCAGCGUCGCGGCGCAGAUCAGAAAGCAAGAGACACUCUCAGACGGCUUCUGUUCCUCUCUCCUAUAUCGGCUUACCGUCUCUCUCGUUUUUUCGCGUUUGCUCCGUUUCGCGUUUGCUUCUUUCUGCAGCCGUCCAACGCACGCUUCUUGUUUUCAGAGAAGACCCUGCGCCGGAGACUCUGUAGCCCCGCGCGGAAGGACUUGGUGGAUCUUGGAAGUCGCGCAUCACUUGCCUUUGCACAUCUGCCAGCUUACAUCUAACCGAUUUUCGAAUAUCUGUUCCUCCGUCUUUCUGGUCGCUUGGGGAUCCCCGAGUCUCCUGUGUUCUUCCUGCAUCCCCUGUUUAUUUCCUUCUCGCUCCUCUUCUCUCUCUUCCUGUUUUCCUUCUCUCUCUUCCUUUUCUCUCUCUCUUCCUCCUCUUCCCACUCUUUUCUCUCCUUCUCUCUCUUCCUUCUCUCCUCGCGCCUUCCUCUCUUCUUCCUCUUCUUUCCUUCCUUUCUCGCUCCGACAUUUUCUUCUUGCCUCUUCCGUUGUCUCGUUGCUUUCUCUUCCGAUUGCUGGCUUCCUCUCUGCUCGAACCGCUGCCUCUGUUCGCUUUUUUCCUCUCGCUAUGCGGGGUCCACCAGUUAGUCGCCAGCUCUUGCCUCUCGUCUCGUCGUUCUCCCUUCUCUCUCUGCCCGCUCUCCUGUCCGUUUCUCUGCUGCGCAAUGUCGCGGAACUCGAGAGAACCGGGAAGCUCCCAACAGAGGCGACGCGCGUUCAGCGACGACGAUGUUCCAGACGAUUUCGUCCUGCCCGACGGAGACGUCGAGCGCGGAAGGAUCCUCUUCAAAAAACACUCUGGGACCUUCGCUGUACGGCUUAUAUGGAAGAACAGCGGGGGCGCAACCUCGGAACUCGCUGCUGCCGUCCUCCCCCACCAUGAAAGAAAGUGGCGUUGUCUGGACAGACAUCACCUUGAUGCGGUACUUGAAGAAUCCUCGCGCCUUUGCAGAGCAUGCAAUCAGCAUGAACUUCAGAGGCCUCAGUGAGUGGCAGGGUGGAUCUGAUAUGGUACAUCAAAGCUGCUUGUCACCAGGACUGGCUGCCUCAGCACACGCGCCCUCUGGAAGAAGUUUUCAAGCUGUGUCUAGGUCCGGCGAGGACAAGCGGGCUUCUUCGCCUUGUCAGGAUCUCUCGCUAACGCAACCGAGGGCGGAAGCUCGGAUUUUCUCCGUCUCCGCAUCUCUCGACUCAGGACUUCUCUCCACCAGGAUUGCUAGAGCUCUGUGCAGCUGGGGACUUCCUUCAAGCAAGAGGUUUGCAGAGGGAUUGCACGGUUGACAGAGUGUUUCCACACGGACAGAAAGAUGCGCACAAAUCGCGAUUUCCUAGCACAGUUCCGCUGCU